AUGUCCAUGUGCUGGCGGUGGAGGAGGCGGAGGAGGGCUCAACUCGAGGUGGCCCAUCCUUGCGUCGGGGUCGUCGAUGGGGAUCAAUUGACCACCGGCAUGCAGCGGCUCAGGUCCGGACUGCUGCGCGGCCAUGGGGCCAUGGCCAGGCGGAUCCACAACGCCCGGGUCAACGAGAGCGUCGGCCUAGACCUCUACUCCUUCAACACGCUGAUCCGGGGCUGCGGGCAGGUGAUCUGGAGCGUGCACGGAAGGUGUUCGAUGGUCCGUUCUUUGGGCAGUUAUGAAGAAAAGUGUGGAUUAUGCUAUUCUCUGUUCCGAUUCUUGCACCUGUUGGUUUUUUACAUUCAGAGCUCUGGAAAAUAUGAGAUGAACUUACCUAACAUGCAGAAACCUGGAUGCGGGAAGGGCUCUGCGGUAGAUCGGUCAAGGGAACAGACUAUUGGAGCAGUGAAAAAGAAAAUGAAGGAACAGAUGGAUGAUUUUCAGGAGUACCGGGAAGUCGUUGAAAGAAGGGUAUUCACUGUAACUGGUAAUCGCCUUGAUGAAGAGUGUGCCUCCUUUAUAACUUUGGAACCUGUAGACAAUUGA